UAUACAUUUCAGACCCGACCUUCCGAGCUACAUCUUGUUCCUCCUCCUUUCUUUAAUCAUCGUCCGAUUUCUUAACGCGUAUUCUCCUCCGCCGCCUCCUCCUCCUCGUCCUACUCCUCUGUUAUUCAUUCAUCCCUUCAUUCUGCCGCAGUGACACAACCAAUUCCAAUUCCUCCGCCAUCAAUUUCAUUUCUUUCAGCUAAGCUCAAUCUGUCUAUCUAUCGGUUUUAAAUUUUUCUCCGUUCCAUCCAUCCGCAAUCUAUCUAUCUAUCUAUCUAUCUAUCUCUUCAACUUCUAGAAGAGGGGCCGCCUGCUAGCUCCAUUCCCCCUCCCCCCCCCCCCCACCCAGCCAAGCCCUCGCCCGCCCGGUUGUGACGUACCUCCGUCCAAGCGAAAGGGGCAUCCUUGUCUUAUAGAUAAAUAAAUAUAUUUAGGUAGAUCCUCCUGACCGAGCCCACCUGAGGUUCGAUCUCUGGGGAUGGCACCAGAGAUCGAACAUGCUCCCGUCACCACCCCAAAUAACAUCAUCAUUAACAACCGCGAUGCCCUUUUCGGCAAAUACGAGGUGGGACGUCUCCUCGGCUGCGGGGCCUUCGCCAAGGUCUACCACGCCCGGGACGUCCGCACCGGACAAAGCGUUGCUGUCAAGGUCAUCAACAAGAAGAAGCUUUCCAGCUCCUCCAGCACCAGCACCAGCACCGGCCUCGCCGCCAACAUCAAGCGGGAGAUCUCCAUCAUGAGCCGCCUCCACCACGCCAACAUCGUCCGCCUCCACGAGGUGCUCGCCUCCAAGUCCAAGAUCUACUUCGUCCUGGAGUUCGUCAAGGGCGGUGAGCUCUUCGCCAAGGUCUCCAAGGGCCGCCUCAGCGAGGACCUCAGCCGCCACUACUUCCGCCAGCUCAUCUCCGCCGUCGGCUACUGCCACUCCCGCGGCGUCUUCCACCGCGACCUCAAGCCCGAGAACCUCCUCCUCGACGACGCCGGCAACCUCAAGGUCUCCGACUUCGGCCUCAGCGCCGUCCGCGACCAGAUCCGGCCCGACGGCCUGCUUCACACCCUCUGCGGCACCCCCGCCUACGUGGCGCCCGAGAUCCUCACCAAGAGGGGCUACGACGGGGCCAAGGUGGACGUGUGGUCGUGCGGGGUCAUCCUUUACGUGCUCACCGCCGGCUACCUGCCCUUCAACGACCCAAACCUGAUGGCCUUGUACAAGAAGAUCUACAAGGGCGAGUUCCGGUGCCCCAGGUGGAUGUCCCCGGACCUCAAGCGCUUCCUGCACCGGCUUCUCGACACCAACCCGGACACCAGGAUCACCAUCCACGAGAUCCUCAGGGAUCCCUGGUUCAAGAAGCCGAAUAGCAGCAGCUGCAGGAGGGAGAAGGACCCGCAAGGACAAGGACGAGGAGCCACGACGACGGCAGCCAUCGACUUUUACGGCGAGGACAUCAGGUCGGCCCAGAAGGCCAUGGAGGCCAAGGCCACCAGCCUCAAUGCCUUCGACCUCAUAUCCUUCUCCUCGGGCCUCGACCUGUCCGGCCUGUUCGACGACUCCUACAACUCAACGGAGGACGGCGAGAGGUUCGUGUCGGGGGUGCUGCCCGAGAAGCUGAUCGAGAAGGUGGAGGGUUUCGCUAGGGAGGAGGGCAUGAGGGUGAAGAGGUACAAGGAGUGGGAUCUGGGGCUGGAAGGGCAGAACGGUAAUUUCGUGAUCGACGUCGGGUUAUACCGCCUGACGGACAGCCUGGUGGUGGUGGAGGUCAAGAGAGGGGCCGGGGAAGCCACAGCCUACCGGGACGUUUGGAAGGAUAAGCUAAAGCCGCUACUACUCGAACUCGACCGGUCCACAACGCAGACAGCCAGCCAGCUGGCCGAAGAAUGAAUAAUUAAUGAAUUAAUUCAAGACUAUUCCGUCUGUCUGUCUAUAUAAAUUGAUGAUUUACUGAUAUGAUGAAGGCAAAUUUUGCGAUGCUUUGCUCGGUGGCCUGGGCGGUCGGUCUGAAACAGAGAUAGAUAAUUGGAUCUCCAGCAUCUGGCAAGGCUUCUGCCCCAGGGGUGCGUCGUUCUCUGGUUUCUCAUUAUGGUUGCUGCAUUGAAUGUGAAUCAUCAAAUCAAAAUGUAUUAUGGCUGUAUGUACGUUCGAUUAUUUGGGAAUAAGCAAAUGCCGGAGCACUUGGGCAAUAAUUACUCCGGCCAAAAAAGAGGGUAAAACGGGGAUUGCGGUGCAGAGUUAAAAGAGGGUGUUAUAUCCCUCUUCAGUGUAGUGUAGUGUAGUGUGUACAUAAGAGCAGAAUAAUUGAGGGACACGACGGGCUAAAUCAAUCAUUCGGCUCUUAUUAUCACUGUGUCUUGUAUUCCCCUUCCUGCA